GAGUUAUUUUGCCUGGUUCCGUGCGACAGGCAGGUCCAUCUUUCUCCUUAGUACCCCAGCAACAACAAACAGCGCCGCGCCGUCCAAUGAGCUUUUUCAGCCGCCUCUGUCCUCACUUCCUCCGGCUGGGCUGCGCUGCGCUCGGUGCGCUGGGUUUGGCUUGGCAGCAUCAGCCAGCAGCACGCAGCCAUCUUGGACUCAUCUAUAUCUGGGCUGGCAAAGCCCACAGUUCGGGAUGAGAGCGAUUUAAACAGCCUGUAGUGAUCAAGAAGAGAUCGACUGGAGUUCAUGUGGGACUUGAAUACAUGACUUGCGGUUGAAGAUUUUUAAAACGCGCGUCAAGACGCAGAGCCGGUUUUACGCGGUCCCCCUCCCCUUUUCCUUGUUUGAAGACUGUGUGCAGUUUCCGAAGGGCCUGUUAACUGUGCUGGAGUUUCACAAUUGGCACUUUUUAAAGUUUUGUUUUUCUUCUCCAAAACAAUCCAGUUGGCUAAAUAGGUUAUGACCUGUUGGUUGCCAGAUCUUUGUGGAAAGUUGCUCCCCUCGUGCCGCGGGUGACCUGUUGUGCCGUUACGCGUCUGGAUAAAUGAUUGCAUUAUUCUGGAGGUCUGUGCUGGAAUUUGGCAUCGCUGUUGAUGUUGGUCCAUGAUCUUCAUCAGCUUGUGCACGGCAGCUGUCCACCCUGCGAACUGAGAGGACUUGGACCGCAAGAUCCACUUUGGAGAUAAAGACACAUUAAAAUGUCAACCAGAACCCCGUUACCUACUGUCAACGAAAGAGACACAGAGAACCACACAUCACAUACAGAUGGGCGAAAUGAAGUAUCGUCCCGUCCCGGGCGGUCAGGUGCCCGGUGCCGAAACUCCAUCGCCUCCUGUGCCGACGAACAGCCGCACGUCGGCAACUAUCGGCUGCUCAAAACCAUCGGCAAGGGCAACUUUGCCAAGGUCAAACUGGCACGACACAUUCUCACAGGACGAGAGGUGGCCAUAAAAAUAAUUGAUAAGACACAACUUAAUCCUACCAGCCUUCAGAAGCUCUUCAGGGAAGUACGAAUAAUGAAGAUUCUAAAUCAUCCAAAUAUUGUAAAGCUCUUUGAAGUUAUAGAAACAGAGAAGACACUUUACCUGGUGAUGGAGUACGCCAGUGGUGGAGAGGUGUUCGACUACCUCGUAGCACAUGGACGCAUGAAGGAAAAAGAGGCCAGAGCUAAAUUUAGACAGAUUGUAUCAGCUGUUCAGUAUUGCCAUCAAAAACACAUCGUUCACAGAGAUCUGAAGGCAGAAAACUUGCUUCUGGAUGCAGACAUGAACAUUAAGAUCGCAGACUUCGGUUUCAGUAAUGAAUUCACCAUUGGGAACAAACUAGACACGUUUUGCGGCAGCCCGCCGUAUGCGGCCCCUGAACUUUUUCAAGGUAAAAAGUAUGAUGGCCCGGAGGUGGACGUAUGGAGUCUGGGGGUUAUCCUCUAUACGCUGGUCAGUGGAUCGCUGCCCUUUGAUGGACAGAAUCUAAAGGAACUUCGUGAGCGAGUGCUGAGAGGCAAAUAUCGAAUCCCUUUCUACAUGUCCACUGACUGUGAAAACCUCCUGAAACGUUUCCUGGUGCUGAACCCUAUCAAGCGGGGCACACUUGAGCAAAUCAUGACAGAUCGGUGGAUCAAUGCAGGUUGUGACGAGGAAGAGCUUAAACCCUUUGUUGAGCCUGAACUCGACAUCUCAGACCAGAAGAGAAUCGAUAUCAUGGUGGGCAUGGGCUACUCACGAGAGGAGAUCAAUGACUCUCUAACCAGGAUGAAGUAUGAUGAAAUCACAGCUACAUACCUCCUAUUAGGCAGAAAGUCCACAGAGUUGGAGGUAAGCGACUCCAGCUCCAGCAGUAACCUGUCGUUGGCUAAAGCCAGACCCAACAGCGAGCACAAUAACGGCCAAUCACCGGCUCAUCUCAAAGUCCAAAGGAAUAUCUCCUCCAGUCAGAAGCAACGUCGUUAUAGUGACCAAGCUGGUCCGGCUAUUCCCUCGGUUGGAUAUCCCAAGAGGAGUCAAACCACGUCUGCUGAAAAUGACCAUAAAGAGGAGGGCAGCGCUCCGGCACGCAAGUCCAGCUCGUCUGGGAGCCGUGGCAUGGGCCCUCCGAGUCCCAUACUUGGCAAUGCCAACAAUCCAAACAAGGCCGACAUUCCUGGCGGGAAAAAGGGCUCUGGUGUACCUGGGAGCAAUUCUGUGUCCAGCGGUAUGACCAGGAGAAACACGUAUGUGUGCAGUGAUAGAAACGCAGCGGACAAACAUUCGGUCAUCCAGAAUGGCAAAGAGAACAGCCUGAGUGAAAUGUCAAGGUGUGUCCGCACAAGCCCGACGGCAUAUACCGUGGCUUUCACCGCCUCCUCAGCCUCUGUCCGACUGCGCCACCAAAAGGCUGCAUCCCUGUCGGCCUCUGGACACACCUGCCGCAUCACCUUGCCGCCCAAAGAGGGCACCUCUGAACUCUUCAGGCCCAAUACGAGCACGGCUCAGACAAGCCAGAAAAACCCUGGAGCCUCCACCCACAGCAUCAGUAGCGCUACCCCUCCGGAUCGUUUGCGUUUCCCGCGAGGCACGCUGAGUCGCAGCACCUUCCACGGAGGUCAGCUGAGGGAGAGACGCACGGCCACUUACAACGGACCACCGGCCUCUCCCACCUUAUCGCAUGACGCCACGCCCCUCUCACAGUCCCGAAGUCGUGGAUCAACAAACCUUUUCACGAAACUCACAUCCAAGCUGACGCGCAGAAACAUGUCAUUCAGGUUUACCAAAAGAGUGCCGGCAGAAUGUGAUAGAAAUGGGAGGUAUGAGGAUUCAAGUCGUAACGUGUCUGGGGAUCAGAAAGAGGAACAUAAAGACUCCAAACCACGCUCGCUACGCUUCACCUGGAGCAUGAAGACCACCUCCUCCAUGGAGCCCACCGAGAUGAUGCGCGAGAUCCGCAAAGUCCUGGACGCCAACAACUGCGACUACGAGCAACGGGAACGAUUCCUGCUUCUCUGCGUGCACGGCGAUGGGCACGCCGAGAGCUUGGUCCAAUGGGAGAUGGAGGUGUGCAAGCUGCCCCGCCUCUCUCUAAACGGCGUACGCUUCAAACGAAUAUCAGGAACAUCCAUUGCUUUCAAGAACAUCGCCUCUAAAAUUGCCAAUGAACUAAAGCUCUAAAAAAAGACAAAAUCGGUCGAAAAUGUGAAAAGCAACAAAAAAGGACUAAAGGCACACAAAACUAGAGUAAUCAAGCUGUAUAUUCUUUUGGAACAAGUAGCAGAUAUACAAGGAUUGUUUUCCUCAAACACUUACAAAGUAUGUACUGAAAAUAUUGUAUAGAAUCAUGCCUUAGGCAAUAAUUUCCUGCAUCUUCAAAACAUUAUUAAUAUUAUUGUUGUUGUUAUUGUUGGAUGGUUUGUAGGAAAACAAAAGGAUGGAUUCAUUUCUUCAUUUUUUGUGUUUUGUUUUGUUUAUGCACUACUGCAGUAGGUGCCCUAUGUAGGGCUUAAGAUUAACACCAGAGACUGAAAAGGCAGCGGGACGGUUCAGCACUCCAGUAUUCACUUUAUUGUUCCUCCCAGUCCUUCUUAAAUGCCAAAACAAAAUGGCCACUGAUUUAGAUAUAAACUUGUUUGCACACAUUUCCCCCUUAAAGUGAUAUUUCUCCAUUUCCUAUCCUUCCAUUUUUCCACUUUUUCAAGCAACUUCUUAUCAGAAAAUGAUCCUGUUUUUUGUGCUAAAGAUAGAAAAGAUCCAACAGGUUAAACCACUGGUGCCAUGGAGGCGGCUCAUGGCCAAAGCCUCAGGUCAGAAGCGAGUGUGGCAGACCACGCACUUCAGGAAACCUCACCGCUUCAGACGGGCUACUGCAAUGCAACGUUAGGCGAAAGAGAAAAGAGACUUACUGAGAUCAGGAAUGUUUUACUUUCUGGUCUGUUUGAGUAUUUAGUUUAUUUCUUCAUGAAGUGUUUUUUAGCAUACGAGAAGAUGAAACCUUCUCAGAUGUUCUUGGAAAGUCUUUGUUUUGGCUUCGGCCCCGGCGUGCCGUAGAGUCAUUCUGGGAAACAUUUCACAACUUUAGCUUGCCAUUUAGUAUUCACUCCCAUUGGCACUGUUUGUAUUUUGUUUUGAUGUUUCCAUUUUUUGGAAUGUAAAUAAUGUACCUUAGUUUUGCAACAGCAGCAGCAUAUUGAUAUCCUUUUUUUCUUUUUUAAGUCUGGCUGUGUGUCGGAAACUAUGGGAAUUAAUGUAACUCAUCACAGAAUAAGAUUAAUCAGUGUCUCCAUUAAAACAACUGAAAAUC